UGCCAUAAUAUUAGGAAUUUACAGAUACAAACUGCUCGCGGUCUUCAAGGAUAACUGUGCUGUGUUAAGAAACUAGAACUAUUCCACGAUACCAGUGAUCCUUGUGUAUACUCGAAGACAGUACAGAAUGGCGAGAUAAAUGUGCAGUUGAAACUCUGGGGAGGUUUAAUCCAGGCCUUGCGCCGCCUGUCCUCUCGCCCUCUGUUCACUAUACCGUUAACUGUUAAAGCCAUUGAGAGAGAAAUAGAGAAGGCGAGCGAUAAGACAGAGCUGUUCGUCGUUGAUCCACAAGUGGCUGGGAGACGGUCUGCCAGGUUUAGCUGUUAGAAACGGUGUUUGUUCCCUUGAGUCUCGUAUACCCAUCUCCGUCCGAUGCCUUGCCUAGGGAGCAUUUUAUCAACCAUGAGUGAGAUGUAUCGACCAGAAACUUUACAUGGGGACCUUUGUGCUAAGGAGCGCCUUCUUCUUUUGGACUGUCGUUCUUGUGGGGACUAUUCAAAGUCCCACAUUGUCGGGGCUGUGAACGUCACAUUGCCUAGCCUUAUGCUUAAGAGGCUAAAGAAAGGUACCCUGAAUAUAUCAUGUGUUAUUCAAAACAAUGAGGCGAAGGAGAAGUUCAACAAGAACCACAAAACACAUUUGUUAGUUUUAUACGACGAGUGCAGCACAGACCUUAACGCUAACCCUAGCGGUGUGCUUAGCUUGCUCGUCAAGAAGCUGAAAGACGACGGAUGUAGGGUUAAAUUUCUCUUGGGUGGAUUCUCGACGUUUGAAGAGAGGUUCCCUGAGUGUUGCGCCAAGCAAGACGAACCAGACUCAGAAAUCCUUGGAUUGUGUAAUUUGAAAAUAGCAGAUGAGAGCUCUGAAUAUUCAGAGGGAAGGCCUAGUGGAAGUUCAACCCCACCACACCUCUCUCCAUUCCCAGUGGAAGUUUUGCCAAAUCUUUAUCUAGGAAAUGCCAGAAACUCAGCUGACAGUUCUCAACUUAAAAAAUAUGGCAUCAGAUACAUUCUCAACGUCACCCCAAAUGUGCCAAAUUUGUUUGAAAAGGACAGGUCGUUUAAAUACAUGCAGAUUCCUAUAAGUGAUCAUUGGUCUCAAAAUCUGAGCAUCUUUUUCCCAAAGGCUAUAGCAUUUAUCGAUGAGGCGCGCAUGAACAACUGUGGUGUGCUAGUGCAUUGCCUGGCAGGAAUCAGUCGCUCCGUAACCGUGACAGUGGCCUACCUCAUGCAAAGGGAACACAUGAGCCUCAACGAGGCUUACGACUUUGUUAAACGCUGCAAGCCAAAUAUUUCACCAAAUUUUAACUUUAUGGGUCAGCUCUUGGACUUUGAGAGAGCACUGGGUCAAACGGAGGAGAAAUGUACUUGUCAGGAUAACAUUGUGUGCACUUGUGGCGUAAACAAAGAUGUGCUUCUGAGUGACAGCAAGGAGAACUCUCCGAAUUACACAAUGGAGGUGAGGCCAGCGUGAUCAGGGUGCCGACUUCCACACGGAGUGGAGGUAAUCACUUGAGGCAGGGGCAUACUCCCUAUCCUCUUCACCAAAAGAGAGCUCUGGGCUCAAGGAGCCGCGAAGAGCCAGCUAGCUACACGAACGUGUUUCUACAUAAGAAACGUAAGAAGGAUCAAGAACAUAUCAGGCGGCUUGAAUUGGUCGGCCCCACGGGGCAUGGUGAAGCAGAAGCCGCAGACGGUGGGCUUAGGCUUUGACAUUUGGACCGCGGCGAUCAAGUGCUAGAUUUCCGUCGUCGCCAUGGGAACGUGGACCACGUGGUUUUAGGGGUCAGCUUAACGUGUGAGAGAUGUGUGCGUAUGAGGAGUCAGUGGCUAUACUGUUGUGCUAAGAGUAUGGUGGCCUGGAUACGAACCAAGUGGAUGUGAACUUUAUUCAGGGAGAGCGGGUGUUGCUUUACUGCCUGACACAGUUUUAGAAGACGUUCUGACUGCGGUUUCACGUACCAAAUUUUUUUGGUCGCACUGUUUAGAGACAUUAUACCAGACAUAUGCCAGGGUGCUAAAAUCUGACGAGAAUGGGCAGUGUUUGUAUGGACUAUAUACAGUAAUAACCAGGCUGAGAACACGACUGUUUAUUAACAUUGUUCACAAGAGAAAGGGCAUAAAUAGUGCUCUUUUUAAAUGACUAAACGCAUAACUAAAGAGAUAAUCUUUACCCUUUUUUCAUAUAUAGACUCAAAUUUGUGGAGUCAUUUCUUUCUAGAAAUUAGCCUUCUAUUAAAUUUGUCUCGAAGAAAUGAAGGCAUCUCCUGUAACUGAAAAUUAUGAAAAUUUUGUCUAUAUAAUUUAAUAUCAAAGCCCUGAUAUUCAGCUACAAAAUAGCGAAAAGUAUGUUAUACUAUAAUAACGUAUACAUAAUAAUUGAAAAAAAAAUGAGCAUUUAUCAUACAGAAUAUGCCAAAGGUGGACAUUGUCAAAAGUGAACAGAUUUGAUUGAAUCUGUAUCACAUACAAGAAGUAAUUGAGGGAUAAAUGUUGUUUGGAAUCUUUUUCCUUGAUAAGCAAAUUUUACAAAGAAUUUUGACAGAGCUUAUGUCGGGAACUUUAAGCUGACUGAAAGUCACAAGAGAGAUUUGAUAAAAGGGUUUAUGGUUGGAGUGAAGAGAAUCAGCGUCUGUUCUGACAGAAACAAAAUAGAUUGUUACAGGAUGGUUGAAAUUGUUAAUGAUGAUUGGUGGUACGAAGUGUGCAUGAAGUGAGUAGAGUAACUGCGCAUGCGUGGAAAGAAAGUGUUUUGACUGUUAAGUAUCAAGUGAUGUCCUACUCUAGUAUUCGCCUUGAACAAGUAAUCUUCAUUCAUAUUGUUAAGCCUUUUCAAUAGCCUGUUUGUUACUUUGGGUACCGUUGUGUUAUAUGUGGUGCCUCGGCUCCAUAAUCCAUCAUAAAAAUUUACCUCUUGUUGCCUUUGUAAAUGUUUGUAUAAAUUAUAUCGACAUUAUAGAUUUUAUUUUGUAUGUAAAUAAAACCAGAAGAGAAGAAUAUUUUAUAAGAAAUUUAA